AUGUUUUGUAAAAAGUGUGAGAAUCGGUGUGUUGACACUGAGAAAUACUGCAAAUUGGAUUCGGGGUCUUUUGACCACCCGGUUUUGGUGUUAGGUGUAAGGGAUAAGUCUGAUGGCAUCUAUGUCACUUUUGCCAUUAUUUCAGCGCUAGGAAAGGAAUUCCCAGACUUCAAGACAUUCUUACAAAAACGCGCUUGUCACCUUGGCGAUCCUGACACACUAACCCCUUGCUCUUUUGGCCCCAAACAUCUUUGGAAAGAUGAAGAGAAGAGUUAUCGGUUAGAGUACGCGGUGGAACCUAGUGGAUAUACUCUCAAAAUCGAAUUUUUUGCUACUUUCCGCCCUAAGAAGCAUCAAAAUGAUUCUAUCACUCACCAUGUUUACGCUUUGCGCUUUACCGAAAAUUCUUACAAUAUGUUUAUGGAAAAAUUGGGACUAACAAAAGAAAAGUUUGUCUCAACUGAUGAUUUGAAAGAGAAAAUGGGAGGUGCUACAGAAACCAUAGCCGAACUCUCGGAAUCAUCGCCUUUGUUUGAUUUUGACAAGCGGGACAAGCGCAUCCUUACACCAGCACAUCCGCUCUAG